UGCCGAACAAAAAAGCUCUACGAAAAUCGCUAUAAAAGGGUCCCAGGUAACUGUGAUAGAAGCAUUUAGUGUUGACUGGUGACAUGAAAUCCAGACCUGGAAGUCAUUUUUUCAGUUUUACAAAUGCCUCGAAACAAGGCUUCCAUACGAUCUAAAAUUGGAAGAAAGAGAAUUUUGGAUCAAUUAGCCAAGGGAUGGAUUCAUCCAAGCAAAAGACGUGCCCUUAAAGGGGACGUGCCUCUCAAUGUCGACACUUCCUCUGGAUCUGCUGCUGGUGAUCCAGGCCCGACAGCAGUGCCAUUCAGGCAGGAUGACGCCUUUCCUGAGUUGAAGCAACAACUGAAAUUAGCAGAUUUAUUCAUUCGAUUGGUCCGAUUGGAUGAAAGUACCAGCAGUGCUGGAGGACAACAUUUGGAUGUUAAUGCAGAUCCUGAGCUGGCCAGAUAUUCUGAUGUACCUGGCUCUGAUGAUGCCGACUUUGAUGAAGAUGAUCCUUCUGGAUUUCCAACCGAUGCUUCAGUCACAGCAGCAGUUCCUCCUACCUUCAGGCGUGACAAUGUCUUUGCCGUGUUGGAGCAACAGCAGAAAAUAAAAGAGUUGUUCAUUAAAUUGGUCCGAAUAGAUCUGGAUGCCAACGCACUUGGAAAAAAUACUGGUUACGAAUCGGGAACUGAUUCUGGCAUAAAUAGUUCUGAGAGUGCUCACUCCAACGACAAUGCCCUUCCUGAUGCCGAUCCACAUUCUGGUUUUCCAAUUGGUGCUUCAGUCCCAGUGGCAGAGCAACAUAUCCCCAGAAAUGAUGAUGUCAGCAACAAUCAUGAGACACCUUCAGAAUGGACGAUGGUGACACGGACAUCCAGUCCAAGAAAAAGAAGAGGACACCCUCAACGAAAGAGCUCCAAACAGAGUUCCAAAAGACUACUGAGUCAGGUGGGCUGGAACCACAUCCCUGGAAUUACAAACAUACCUGACGAUGAAGUGGACUGCUUCCUCAGGAGCAUUGCUCCGAUUCUCCGGGCCCUGUCUUCAGAAAGGAGGAGUGCUGCCAUGAUCGAUAUAGUCAGCGUAGUUCAUCAGCAGUUUAGUUCAAGAUUAGAAUGUUAGAGCGGGUAUCGGGAAUAAGGAGCUGGAGGGGUUCAAAUCUCACUCGCACUACCUGUGUGUGUCCUUGGACAAGACCUUCAUCUGCACUCUGUCCACCCAGCUGUAAAUGGGAACCACCUUUGGCUGGGGAAUUAACUGUCGUCCUGUUGACUCGUCACGCUACAGAAUUUGGAGAUAAGCAGCGACUCCACUGGCCCUCAGGGCCUGUAGGAUAUAUUCCUAGAAUGUUAGACUUUAGUUUUUAAACGUUGGUGGACACCGUUCAUCGCCCUCGUGUACAGUUUGAUGUUUUAAAUUUUACUCUUCAAAGAACCCAAUUUCUUAAUCCAUAUUCAAUCGCUAGACCGUGUAACUGAGUUAAAAAUUCGAAAUAACAAAUGUGCUGCCAGAAAAGGCCCUUUAGCAGGACGGUGAACCACGCUGUUAAUUCUGAAAACGAUGGAGUUGAACGGCACCAGAGACUCUGUGAACUGGACAACAUCAGCUCCUCUUAAAAGCAGUAAAAAAGUUGCCUUUGCUGAACAAAUGGCAGCUUAGAUUCCUUCACCAGCCUGACACUUGAAAUAAUCUGCUGAGAACCAGGAACGCCUGCCACAACGGUCUAAACCAGGCCCAUAAGCCACUUCUUUACAAACAUACAAGCAUUUAAUUUAUUUUAAUGUUUGAAAUAUGUCACACGACCAUUCAUUUCACUCAGAUGUCAUAAAAUCUGAUUUAUAGUCCGUAACUAAUAGCGCAGUUAGCAAGCUAGGCUAUGCUGGGAGCAUUGUUUAGCAUUGUUUUCCAUGCUAACCUGCCCCAAAACAUUGAAGCACAGUAUUUACCUCCUCCAACUAGAAAUGGGAAACGCCGUAUUUCAUUUUAAUGACCUGCUGCUGCAAAAUUUCUCUCCAGUUCCUGUUUUUAAAAGACCCAUAUUUCCUUGCACGCAUGGCACAAUACUGGUCUCAGCUUGCAUUCGCUUUACUGUGAACAACAUGCGUUAAGAUCGACAAGUGCAGUUGAGAAAUUUAAUUUAAUUUAAUUAGCUUAUAAUGUGCCAAAUCACAGCAAAAGCCAUCUCAAGACGCCUUACAUAAAACAAGUCAACAUAAAAUUGAAUAAAUUUAAAAU